GGCACCUGCCAGGCCGGGGGCCUCGGGUGACAUUGGGCCUCGGCGGCUGGAGGAGGAGGAGGACGGGCUGCGGAACCUGGUAGAAACGGAGAUCUUCGCCUGCGCCCACUGUCACCAUGUUUCGCGUGAUAAUCACCCAUGCCAAGAAGCACCCCAGUUUAAUCCCCUUGUUUUUGAUCAUUGGAUCCGGAGGUAUUGGCGCAGGCCUGUACCUCAUGCGUUUGGCAAUGUUUAACCCGGAUGUCAGCUGGGACAAGAAAAAUAAUCCAGAACCUUGGAACAAACUGGCUCCCAGUGACCAGUACAAGUUCUACUCAGUUAAUGUAGACUACAGUAGACUGAAAAAGGACCGUCCUGACUUCUGAACAACACACUCAUCUCCAUAAGCUGCGCAGAAAGGUCUUCCAGAAGCCGUCCGCACAAUUGUCAUGUUUCAUCAUCCAGGAAAAAAUCAAAUUUGCCUCACGCUGCACUUGGUCAUGUGUUUGAAAGUCUUUUGAGGAGGCUUAAUAAAAGUUUGAAACUUGGAA